AUGGACGGACUUUCGUCUACGGCUAGCGUUAUCGCUGUUAUUCAACUCUCUGGGAGUAUCGUGAAGAUUUGUGGGCGUUACAUUCAGGAGGUGAAAGAUGCACGAGACAACAUCAUUACCUUACAACGGACGGUUGCAAGCCUUGAAGGGACUCUUCAGAAAUUAAAAUUAUUUCUUCAAGACCCUAAUAACACAAGCCUAUCCAUCUCCUCGUCGCUAGUCAAGAAUAUCACCGACUGCCUUUCAGACUUGGGAUCCCUAGAAAAGAAGAUUGAUCCAGGGAGGGGGAGGGGAAUGAUGAAAAGAUUUGGGAUUAGAGCCUUAAAAUGGCCGUUGAAGCGCACAGAAUUGGACGGAAUCAUCCGAAAUCUUGAGAGAUACAAAUCAUCUUUCACCUUAUCUUUACAGGUUGACCAGGUGGUUCUUUUAUCCAGUGUGGCUCGGUUUGCGGACCGGAUCGACCAGAAUUUGGGUCUUGACAGAUUGCCGAUCGCGCGUGGGGCCGAGUUCGACUCCUACAUGGAUCAACAUGAAGAUGAAUGUCUUCCUGGAACCAGAACUGAGCUCCUUCGCCAGGUGGCAGAAUGGGCUAUGUCACCACAAGGCAAAUGCAUAUUCUGGUUAAAUGGUAUGGCUGGAACGGGGAAAUCAACCAUCUCCCGAACAGUGGCAAAAACCUUCAAGCAAGCCAACUCACUAGGAGCAAGCUUUUUUUUUAAGAGAGGUGAAGGGGAUCGAGGCAACACUAUGAAGCUUUUCCCGACAAUCGCACGACAAUUGGUGCCCAGGUUUCCUGAACUAAUGCAUAGUAUCCAACAGGCAAUUUAUGACGACCCUGAAAUUGCAACAAAGUCGCUCAAAGAGCAGUUCGACAGGCUGCUUCUUCAACCAAUCCUGGGACUCAGAGCGUCUCGUCAGCAAGUCCCAUCUGCGGUCAUAGUGAUUGACGCGUUGGAUGAAUGUGAACGCGAAGAUGAUGUACGACUUAUAAUUCAGUUGCUCUCGCGGCUGGGAGAGGCAGAUGCCAUUCGCCUUAGGGUAUUCUUGACAAGCAGACCUGAAUUACCAAUACGUCUAGGGUUUCUGAAAAUUGCAGGCCACCACUAUCAGGAUGUGGCUCUCCAUGACAUUUCCGACGCAGUGACAGAGCGCGACAUAUCAACUGACCGGUUGCUACCGGUCAACUGGCCCGGAGAUACAGAAUUUCGGGCGCUUGUCAACCUGUCCGUUCCGCUUUUUAUCUUUGCCGCUACUGUGUGUCGUAUUUUUGAGGAUCCCCAGUGGGACCCUUUGGAUAGUCUCAACGAGAUUCUCACACGCCGAAAUGAGGAAUCCAAGCUAGACAAAACAUAUCUUCCCGUUCUGAAUCGGCUUUUCAACAACCACAGCGAGAAACGAAAAAAACAGCUAGUUCAAGAAUUUCGAGAGAUAGUUGGUACAAUUGUGAUGCUUGAAAGCCCACUCUCAAUUCUCUCACUCUCAAAGCUUACGGGUCUCUCUGAGAGACUGGUUGCCAUAAGGCUGAACUCGUUGCACUCAGUGAUACGUGUGCCCGAAGAAAAUACAUUGCCAGUGCGGCUCUUCCAUCUUUCAUUUCGAGACUUCUGUCUUGAUCCGGAAACAUUGAAGAAGACCCCGUUGUGGGUGGAUAAGGAAGAGAUGCAUCAGAAAUUAGCCACCCAAUGUCUUUCACUUUGUCAAAGUUUAAAACGAAACACCUGCGGCCUGCCAAGCGAUGGAACUUUGCGUGAGGAGAUUAAUCCCCUUAUCAUCACAGAUUUUUUUUCGCCAGAGCUACAAUACUCUUGUCACUUUUGGGCACAUCAUCUAGUGCGAAGUAAGCACCCGGGCUUGAUGAUACACGAUGCAUUACUAUUUUUACAGAACCAUUUCCUGCACUGGGUGGAAGCUAUGAGCAUUCUGGGACUCCUUUCUGAAGUUGUGGAGAUCAUUGAUAUACUACAGUCAGCCGCUCUACAGGGUGACAGACAUUACGAAUUAUCCGAUUUCUUGCAGGAUGCAAAGCGUUUUGUUCUGAAAAAUAGACAAAUCGCCCAUGUAGCCCCUCUUCAGAUUUAUUGCUCAGGCCUCGUAUUUGCGCCCAGAAAGUCAAUUAUCCGUAGGGAGUCUGAGAAAGAGCUUCCUCAGUGGAUUUGCAGAUUUCCAGAUGUUGAAGAUAUCUGGAGCGCUGAGUUGCAGACUCUCGAGGGCCAUUCGGAUUGGGUUUUUUCUGUGGCAUUCUCUCUUGAUGGCGGGCUACUUGCGUCUGGUUCCAGCGACAAUACUGUCCGUCUCUGGGAUCCCAUCACGGGAACCCUGCAGCAGACUCUUGAGGGUCAUUCAGAUUGGGUUCGGUCGGUUACAUUCUCCCCUGAUGGCCGAUUGAUGGCGUCUGCGUCCAGCGAUAACACUAUCCGACUCUGGGAUACCGCCACAGGAUCCCUGCAGCAGACUCUCGAGGGCCAUUUGGGCUCAGUUUGGUCAGUGGCGUUCUCCCCCGACGGCCAGAUCCUGGCGUCCGGCUCCUACGAUCAGACUAUGCGGAUUUGGGAUCUUGCCACAUGCACCCUGCGGCAGACGCUCAAGGGCCAUUUAGGUUCAGUUCAGUCGGUGGCAUUCUCCCCUGACGGCCGAUUAUUGGCAUCCGCAUCCGGUGAUAACACUAUCCGACUCUGGGAUCCCGCCACAGGAUCCCUACAACAGACUCUCGAGGGCCAUUUGGGUUCAGUUUGGUCAGUGGCGUUCUCCCCCGAUGGCCAGCUACUAGCGUCCGGCUCCAGCGAUCAGACCAUCCGGCUCUGGAAUGCCUCCACAGGCACCAUACAUCAGACGCUCGAGGGUCAUCUCGAUUGGCUUCGAUCGGUGGUGUUCUCCCCUGAUGACGGCAGGCUGCUUGCGUCUAGCGACAAUGGUCAGGUUGUCCGACUCUGGGAUACUAUCACAGGCACCCUAGUACAGAAGCUUGAGGGCCACGUAAACUCGGUUUGGUCAGUGGCAUUCUCCCCCGACGGCCGACUACUAGCAUCUGGUUCCUAUGAUCAGACAGUUCGGCUCUGGGAUCCUGCCGCGGGCAACCUACAGCGGGCCUUCGAGAGCCAUUCGGCUCGGAUUCGGUCUGUAGUUUUCUCCCCUGAUGGCCGGCUGCUUGCAUCUAGCUCGGAUGAUCAGACAGUGCGGCUCUGGGACCCUAUCACGGGCAACCUACAGCAGACGCUAAAGGGGCAUUCAGGCUCGGUGUUGCUGGUGGCAUUCUCACCAGACAGUCGAUUGCUGGCGUCUGGCUCCAUUGAUCAGACAGUGCGACUCUGGGAUCCAGCCACGGGUACCUUAUUGCAGACGCUCGAGGGCCAUUCAGAUUGGCUUCGGUCGCUAGUAUUCUCCCCUGACAGCCGGCUGCUUGCGUCUAGCUCCGAUGAUCGAACUGUGCGGCUCUGGGACACUGCUUCGGGCACCCUAUUGCAGAAGCUUACGGGUCAUUCAGAUUGGAUUCGUUCGGUGGCGUUCUCCACUAACGGCCGCCUGCUGGCCUCUAGCUCUGAUGACCGGACUGUGCGGCUCUGGAAUACCGCCACGGGCGCCUUGCAACAGACCCUCAAAGGGCAUUCUGAUUGGGUUCGAUCGGUAGCAUUCUCCCCUGACGGCUUGCUUCUGGCUUCCGGUUCCUAUGAUCAGACUGUUCGCAUCUGGGACCUUACCACUAGCGUCCUACAGUGGAUUCUCAAGGGUCAUUCGAGUUCAGUUCGGUCGGUGGCGUUCUCCCCCGACGGCCUACUGGUGGCGUCUAGCUCCGAUGAUCAGACAGUGCGGCUCUGGGACCCCGCCACGGGCAAUUUGCAGCAGACCUUAAUGGCCGAUGGAGUGGUCACAGAUCUGAGAUUUUCUGAUGAUGGCCAUUAUCUGAGAACUAACUUGGGAUCCCUCGUAAUUCAGCCCUCGUGUAGCAACUGUACCCCUAACCUCGGUCAAAUGCAUCUCGAGAUUUUUAUGAGAGAAAGUCAAUGGAUAACUAUGAACGGCAAAAAGGUACUAUGGCUCCCUCCAGAAUCUCGGUCUAGCUGCUCGGCGAUUAUAGGUAGUACAUUUGCCCUAGGUCAUGCAUCAGGUAGAAUUUCAUUCAUAGAAUUUGACGCACGGUAG